CGUCAGAGCCAGAGAAGCGCUAGGGCGAAGAAGCGAAGCAGCCAAGAGUACCACUUCGAUCAAAUGUACUAGGGCAACCAGAUAGGGAGAAUCACAUAGCUCCAACUGCAGCGGCAACGCAGGAAGGUUGGGGAAGGCAGAAGGAGAGAUAAAGGGGUGCGGAUUCAUGGCAUUGGGGGAGUGGGGGACUAAGUAGGGAGCGAGGAUGGUAGAUAUGGAUGCAGAGGCCCCGACAGGAGUACAUCAACCCUCCCCCCCCCCGACAAAUUUAUGGACCAUCGAGGAUCAAAUGAGGUAGUCAAUCAGUCAACGCUGCCACAAAGGGAUUAUGCAGAUUAAUCCAAACUUCAGGCAGGUAAUUAUUGAUAACAAGGGGAAAAGAUUCAAGGUAAAUGAGUCGUUGGAUGCUAUCAAGGAAAGGUGGUUGAAGGAGAGAACGGUAAUAGUGGUUUUCCAAGAGGAGGCCCAAAACCUGACGAGAGGAGUUAAAGAAGACUUGAUAAGAGUCUGUGAGGACGGGUGGAUGGUGAGAAGGUUGUUCAAUCCGGAGGUACGGCGGGGCAGGGUCACCUUUGAAGGGGCAAAUGUUAUCUCAUAUGUGGCGAAGGCACCAGAGGUUGUAGCCCGGAUGGUUCAGAAAGCAUCGACGAAGCUGACGAUGAGAGACAUCGACUAUCCUGUGGUGUUCAAAUCUUGGAUGUUGAAGUCUGACGUGAAAGAACUCACUAACAGGCUGAAGGAGGCAGGGACUUACUUUUGGAUGGUGGCUCUUAGAGUGCCAUUGGAAGCUUUCUACUACCUGGCCUCAACAGUGGAAGCUCUGAUCGGAGGGGUGAAACACAUGCAUCCGUCGGAGGUAGACCGCUCGCGUCUAAAGAUGAUGAACGUAAAGUUCGACAUGGAGCCACAAGUGAUGUAUAGAGAACACCUUGGCAAUGGAGUCCCCAAAAGGGGAGAUAUGGAAGGUGGAAGUGGCUACUCCAUAUACGGAGUGGUGCCGUCGGUGUCGAUGGUACUUUCACACGAAGGAAUCCUGUCUCAGGUCCCUGCAAAUAGAUCGCCCGGCGAGACAGUGGAUAAACUCGCAGCUUCCCCGUCAGAACGGAGCGGCCUCGUCCCAGGGGCACCAAGUGGUCCAAGAAGUACCGGUUCAGCAACCUGUCCAGAACCAGGGGGAGAGACCAAGGUCGCAAGGAACACGACCAUCGGUGAAUGCAAGGUCAUGCCAUGAUCCUGGUCCAGUACUGUCAGGCCCACAAGUAAGACAAUCUUUUGCAAACCAGCA